UAAUCUCAGAUAUUAACCAUCAUGUCUCUUCCUGAAUUUGAGAAGGUACAAUCACAAAGUAGUGCUUUUAAAUACCCUGGAUCAAACUGGCAUGCCUCUUCAAGUGAAACUUCUUUGGAACUUGGCAAUUCAGUUCCAGACAUUUAUGGUAAAUGCUUUAACCUGUUUGGAGCUGAAAGAAUGGGGUUUUUAGAUUCUGAAGAAAUGCUUCAAUCAAUUAGUAUUAAUCUCGAUUACACUACAUUGGAUAUUUUGAAGAUUCAUGUUCUUAGACUCGGGAUGGUGAUGAUGUAUGUUUGCUUCCAUUAUGUCACAUGGUUAAUUGGUAUCUACAGUGACUCCACUGAACUCUUCACGGUGGCCAAGAACUUGAUUACAUUCAAGUUGUUGUUUCAUAUUGGAAAGUUGGUGACUACCAUGAAGAAACUUAUCACGUUGCAAGUGGUUAACAUCCAGACUAAUUCUUUCAACUACAUAAUCGACUUGAUACCUUCGUCUUUAACUUUACCCAAGUCGAUUGCCAUAGUGGAAUACGCCAGUGAUUAUGAUAUAUCUGUAUCACUUCGCUUGCCCAAGCCCUAUUUGACCUACGACAAGACGUGGGUAAAACCAUCAGAUGAAGACAUCCAAGCGGUUUUGAAACCAAGGGAAGAAUACUUUGUUAAUCAAAGGAAAUUUCUAUAUUAUGAGAAUUUCAGGAUCUUGAAUAACUUCUCCAGAUUGGUAGUAUGGUGUGGAAUGAUCAAUGUUAGCUUAAUCAAUUUGGUUCUGAAUAUUAACUACUCUCACUUGAAGACGAUGGUUUUAAGUGAGUUCAAGUAUCAAUUUGGAUUCCUCAAAAACUGUGACUCACGAGUUUUGUCAAAGCUAGUUCCUAUUAUUAGAGUGGUAGAUGGACCUGGCGACUAUGUUUUCGAUCCUUUGGAUAUACUAAUUGAGACCAAGGUGGUUGCAAAUGAUAUAACCCCAAUUUCUACUCUCAAACCUACGUCGGACCAACAAGAGAAAAUCGAAGGUGAAGGUACAAUUCUUCCUACAAUACUUGAAGAAGCAAGCGAGGCUAACCAGAAGGUCCGUGGCAAUAAAGAUUCAGACUGGGAAGACGACACCCGAAGAGAGCUCACAAUCAAUUUACGUCAUCAAGACACAGAGAUUUGCCAGCUCAUUUUGUUGCCCAACACCAAAUACAUUAAGUUGCAGGACUACAAGCCAGAAGUGUAUUUUAAAAGUGGUGUGAUUUACAGGAGUUGUCGGUCUUUUAGUGUGAAUCUUUUUAUUAACAGCCUUCACCAGUAUAACAAAAACAGAUAGUGCGGCAAACAAUAAAAAAGAUUAUAUCGUAUCUUAUGUAUCAAGCAUUUAGAUGCAAUAAGGGGCUUUUCCUCCGAAACCGAACGCUAGGCAGACAUGUGAGUAGUGGUAUAAGGAUGUUGAAUAACAAAACAGAAGACAAGAAAGUGCCCAAUAUCGGAACAAAUACACCAAAAGCCACCCCUAUUACAAUCAUAAAUAAGGAUAAAAAAGUGACAGUAGCGAACAACACAGCCAACACAGAACUGAAAGAUAUACCGAAAGUCAUUCUCGAGGAACCACUAGCAAGUGAAAUGUCUGCUGAAACCCAAACGGAAAAUAUAGACACAGUUGCUGAGGACGACGAGUAUUUGACUACAAUCUUUGAGAAGAUGGAGCCAUAUAUGGAUACUUAUGAAGUAUUCAAGCAGUUGACCGACGCUGGGUUCACAGACAAGCAAUCGGAGGAAAUUAUAAGCUUAUUGAUUGUUCAACUCAAUUCUAAGCUUGCAAAACUCCCUACCAAAUACUCUCAAUUGUAUGAACUUGAAAACGAAAAGUAUCUUUUUGAAAGUGCCCAGCAAGAGUUAAGGGUAGACGUCACCAGAAGCAGAGAAGCCCAAAUCAAUGCGUCUAUUAGUCUUAUCAAUGGAUUGGAAAGAGAUUUCAAUAUAAUCCAGGAUGAGUUAAACAACGAUGUAUUGCAGCUUAAGAACAAUAACCAGGUGACUAUCAAUGAUGAGAAGCAAGAGAAUACGUUGGCGUCGAAGAAAAUGUUUUUGAAGAUCCAGGAAGCCAAUCAUAAGAUUACCACCGAGUUAAUCGGAACUAUGAGAUCUGAGAUUGAAAGUUUACGAUGGAACUUGAGUAGAUGGGGUAUCAUCUCUAUUCUUGUGUGUGUGUUCAGUGGAUGUGCCAGUUUCUACAUCUACAAGCGGAAAGUCAAUGCCGAGUCUCACAAUUCAGACGAAUUCAUACCGUUAGUGAUAUAUGAACCAAGUGAAUUUGAUGAAGAUGAUUAUCACACAGAUUUGGACGAGAAUGUCAUCCACUAAGCAAGUGAGAAAGAGAACUCGCAAUCGAAGUAACCAGUUUUUUUUUCCACUAUGUCAAAUCCAACGGAUCCGUGCAAACCAGAAGCCUGUGCAAUCCAGGAUUGCUUGCAAAGAAAUGGUUACAAUGAAUCACGAUGUACAAAGCUUAUUGAUCAAUUAUACUUGUGUUGUAAAAAGUAUUACGAACAAAACGGAGACGUGCAGACCACCUGUUGUCCCAAACUUAACUUAUUGGAGUUGAAAUUGAAACAGAGAGAAUUGGGAAGCAUCGAUGCCCAGAUGUUGCAGCUGAAUAGGCGAUGAUGUCAGAUAAGAGAGCAGAAAGUUGAAGUGACCCAGAAGGUCAUAAGGGCAUCGAGAGCAUUAUAUCACACAAGCACAACCAUACAUAGUCAGCUUGUAGUUUGAAUAUAAGGAUUACUAGGGAAACACCAUCCAACGAAAGCCGGAGCUUUCGUCAAUGGAAAACUGUAGAUUUAAAACCGCAUAGUUAACCACAAGAUUAACACGACAAAAAGGUCAACUUAAACCUGAGUUUAAUCUAAGACUUACCCGAGCACGAAAUCACAUCCAACGGAUGUUGAUGGAAAUAUGUGGGAUCAAAAAUACCAUAUUAACCGUGACUCUAUGGGCGUCUACAUAAAAGACAUUGUAUUAAGAAGAA